AUGCAAACAAUCAAUCUAAUUUUUUAUUCUUUCGAUUUUUUAUUCUUUCUUAAGAUUGAUUCUUCAUUAAAAAAGAAUUCCAACUCCAUUGAUAUUAAUGAUUUAUCGUCGUCAUCAAAUCAUAUACGUUCCUAUCAAAUUGGUAGUCUAUUUACUUCAGCAAGCACAUUUAUUAUGCAUCAAAAUGAAGUUAUAGCUCAGACAACUGUUUCUGACCACUUUCUUUCAGACACUAUUUUCAUUAUUUUAAUUGCAACUCUCACAAUAAUUAUUCUUCUCUUUUGUUUGGGCCUCUUUUGUCUGUGUCGUCGGACAAGUAAACGUAAUAUUUCACCAUCGUUUGAUGGCGCUAGUUAUGUAGGAUUAAAUGGGCAUUCAUUAGAAAUACCUAUCGGUAAUUAUCAACAACAAACAUCUAAAUAUGAAAAUGAUAUUCCUUAUAUAAACGAUGUUCUAUCAUCAGCUAACCAAAAGAAAUCAUCAAUCAAUCAUCCAACAAUCAUAAAUGAUAGAAUUUCUUUACAACAAACGAUUGAUUUACAUAAUACAAGGAAACAGAAAACCAAAACCAAUAAUAAAAAAUUGAAAAAGAAACGAGUCGGUUGUUGUUGCUGUUGUUCUAGCGAUUCAAAGAAAAACUCCGUCAAAAAAUUUAAUGAAUGA